AUCAGUCCGGGAUUUCCUUUACAUCACCACAUCUCUUCUUGUAGCCCCUGGAGGCAGGUACUGAGCCUGCAAACCAUGGACUGCCUCUCUGAAUAGGGAAUGCCGCAUCAGCACCAGCAGCAUCAACAGAAAAACAGAAGCCCUCGGAGCGGGCACGGCUCUAAAGCCAGCAUUUUGUUCAGCCAUCGGGCAGAGCAAGGGGGUCGGAGCUGACUGGUGCCAGCGUGCGUUGCCUAGUGACAGGUGGAUGUCAGUCUGGAGAACUGGGAGUGGCACUGCCAGGCUUUGUAUCCCCGCACACACCGGCACAUUGCAGUCUGCCAGGGCAGGGAGAACAUCUUUCACUGUGAAAUGCUGUAUUGGCUGAAGGAAGAAGAGAUGUCACACCAGGAGCUAACACAGAGGCUUUCCACUGUCAUCACCCAUGUCGAUGAAAUCAUGCAGCAAGAAAUCAGACCCUUGCUUGCUGUGGACAUCAUGGAGCAGCUUCACAGGCAGUUUGCUACCUUGCCAGGGGGUAGAGGAAAGGAUGGAGCACCCAUUAUAACAUUUCCUGAAUAUCCCAACUUCACAGAAAUUCCUGAUGAUGAUUUUCUAAAUGUUAUUACCUACUUAACAAGCAUUCCCAGCCUUGAAGCUGCCAGCAUUGGGUUUAUUGUCAUUAUAGACAGACGGAAGGAUAAAUGGAGCUCCGUGAAGGCUUCUUUGACUCGUAUUGCUGGGGCUUUUCCUGGGAAUCUGCAGCUGGUGUUUGUUUUGCGGCCAUCUCGGUUUAUUCAAAGGACCAUUGCUGAUAUUGGCAUUAAAUUCUACAGAGAUGACUUUAGAAUGAAGAUUAUUAUGUUAAACUCUGUUUCGGAUCUCCUUGGAUACAUUGACAAAAGCCAGUUAACUAAUGAGUUGGGAGGCACUCUGGAAUACAGCCAUAGUCAAUGGAUCCAGCACAGAACAGCUAUUGAGAGCUUUGCUCAAGUUGUGAAGACUACAGCUCAGAGUUUGCAGACAUUUGGCACAAGCCUGGCAGAAACAGAACUCCCAAAUGAUGUCAUCUGCACAGAGGAGCUACUUUUGUCACAUACAGAUCGCCAGACCAAGCUGAAAGAUGAUUUAAAGCUAGCUGUGCAACAAGGUGGGACUCUGCUGACAUGUAUAAAGGAGCCAGUGUCUAAAGACCCAAGCUGCAAGUUGACACCGGAUGAGCUGGAGAACAUGGCUACUGUUGAAAGAUGUGACCUGGCAGAGACCUGCAGCACAUCUGUGCACAUGACGUAG